AUGUUAAAUUUAUUUAUAUUAGAUCCUGAAGAUACUGCGACAAUUGUUUUUACAAAUGGAACAACAUUCGGCGAACCUAAAGGAGUUGAAUUAUCACACAAAAACAUCGUGGCUGACGUUGCUGGUAUUCUUGCUUCAAUCCCAUCUCAACAAAAACUUACUUCUGAUGAUAGACAUUUAUCAUAUUUACCAUUAGAUCCUGAAGAUACUGCGACAAUUGUUUUUACAAAUGGAACAACAUUCGGCGAACCUAAAGGAGUUGAAUUAUCACACAAAAACAUCGUGGCUGACGUUGCACAUAUCUUUGAAAGAAUAUCUGUUUUCUCAUUUCUUUAUUCUGGCGUAUCAAUUGCAUUUUAUAGUAGAGAUAUUAAUCAAUUGUUAAAUAAUAUACAAGAAGUACAACCUACUAUAUUCACCAGCGCACCACGUUUUCUAACAGGAUUUCAAGAAUCAAUAUUACAAACGAUGGGAGAUCAAUCACUGUUCAAAAAAGGAUAUGAAUCUAAAUUGUAUUAUUUAAAAAAAGGAAUGCUUUUAACAAACUCAAUAUGGGAUUAUUUGGUAUUUAAUGGUAAUGUUAAAGCAAAAUUUGGUGGUAAACUUCGUGUUCUAGUUGUUGGAGCUGCAGGAAGCAGUUGUAAAAAUUUAAUUCUUGAUGAUUUUUCAGAAAAAGAAAAAAAAGAAUUAGAAAGUUAUGAAAAAAAUAGAGUUGAUUAUCAUCAUAUAAAAUCAAAUAAUGAAUUAUAUCUAUUAGACAAGUAA